CCUAAGCUUCCGGUUGUUACGAUUACAUGCCGGUUAUUAGAAGGCUAAGCGAUUCCUGUCAGCAUACCUUGCAAUACAGAUAAUCAGUAUCGCAAUGAAGAAUAAGUUAAUUGGUUUUAUGUUUUUAUUAUGUAUACCAGCAUAUAACUGCCUUGGAGAAGUGAUUUAUGCAGUAAAUUGUGGUGGUGAAUCCCAUGUAGAUAGCCAUGGGAUUAAAUACCAACGCGAUCCUCUCAAUUUGGGAACUGCCUCCGACUAUGGACGUAACUUAGUAAUACAUAGGAUACCACAACAGGAUCAGAUCAUAUAUCAAACUGAGAGAUAUCAUACAGACUCAUUUCGAUAUGAGAUUCCCAUAAACGCCGACGGACACUAUGUCUUGAUAUUGAAAUUUUCCGAAGUAUGGUUUACUGCUCCUAAUCAGAAGGUCUUCGAUGUUAUUCUGAACAACGAUCAUACAGUAGUGGAAGGUCUGGAUAUAUUUGCCAAAGUAGGACGAGGCAUUGCUCACGAUGAAUACAUCCCAUUUGAAAUUAGUAAAAAUAAACUGAAAGUUAGAGAUGAAUCCUCAGCUUAUGGUGGCUCGCUUGCUGUAGAAUUCGCCAAGUCGGAGAGAGAUAACCCCAAAAUUAACGCGAUAAUCAUUAUGCGAGGAUUGAUGGAAGAUAUUCCAGUAUUACCACCACUUCCUGGGAGAGAAAAGCAAACGAGAGAGGAAGACGAGGAAGAGGAGGAGGUUGAAGAACCUAAAUUAGCCAAGAGGAGAAAUCCAUCGGGACCCAAGGUUCAAGAUCCAUACGCUAGUGAGGACACAGGCUCAAUGAUGCUACCUAUUCUUGCGGCUGUAGGCAUCUUUAUACCAACACUUUUCUGCCUUUGUCGCCUCUAG